AUGGGCGCCGGCAGCUCAAAGCUCGAGGCCUCGGCCGGGUCAAAACACCUUUUCGAUAGCUCCUCCCCCCUCCAAUUCUCCUCCAACCUCUUUGACGGCCUCCAAUCCAACACCGAAACCGACUCCGCCCGCGCCAAAUCCAUCGAACUCGAAAUCCAACAGCGUGUCGCAAAAGAGCUCGAGCGCAUCCGUGCGCGCGAACAACAGACUCUCGCCGAGAUUGAGAAGCGCCUGUCCGAAACCAAGGACACGGGUAGCUCCGCCGCCGCCCCCAGCACACCCGCCGUCACCCACUACCCAGCCGGCUCACUAGACCUGGACGCACCCCGGAUCCCCUUCGCCGGCCGCGAGUACACGCCCGCGCCCCCUGCCGCUGUUGAGGUCGCCGCUGUGAACAAGGAGGUGAGCCGGGAGUCCGUGAACUCUGACAUUGAGGAGCUGCGGGUGAAGCUUGAGGGGCGGAAGAAGUUGGGCGAGUUGGAUGAGGGUGUUGCGAAGGCGCAGAAGGAUGUUGUUAGCUGUCUGCGACUGAACGACCGACGGCCGCUGGAUUGCUGGAAGGAGGUUGCUGCGUUUAAAAAGGAGGUUGCGAGGCUGGAAGAGGGAUUUGUGGAUCGGAUUGUGGGCUGA